UCAAAGUUUGCAUAUAUCGGAAAAUUCAAUGGUCCUCUAAUCGACUGACACGUCAUUCAUUACGCAUGCGUGAAAAGUGUUUUAAAAGUUCCGGGGUUCGGACCACAAGUGCCGGUGUUUUGGCGCACAAAAGUGGAUUUCUUCCCUUUCGGAAGAUAACACACCACAAUUUUUAGCCAUGGAAGUUGCAAUCCUGAACCACUCCCUGAAGAGAAUACUUCUGACCAUUGCCUGCUGUUUGAUACUGCUGUCUAUCGUGAAUUCUGAGGAAGAUUAUUACGAACUUCUGGGGGUCGAAAGAGAUGCAACGAACAAGGAGAUCAGGAGAGCCUUCAAGAAGUUAGCACUGGAGCAACAUCCUGACAAAAAUCAGGAUGACCCAGAUGCACACAGCAAGUUUGUCACCAUCAAUAAGGCCUACGAGGUCUUAAAGGACGAGGAACUGCGGAAGAAGUAUGACCUGUACGGCGAGGAGGGUCUCAAAGACGACUUCCACGGAGGAGGGCGCUACGAGAGCUGGAGCUACUAUAAUCAAGAGUUUGGAAUCUACGAUGAAGAUCCAGAGAUAAUUACACUCAACAGGGCUGAGUUUGAACAAACCGUGAGACAGUCGGACGACAUCUGGUUCAUCAAUUUCUACUCCCCACGAUGUUCCCACUGUCACGACCUCGCUCCUGCUUGGAGGGAGGUAGGUCGGGAGCUUGUGAACGUGAUCAGGAUUGGAGCUGUGAACUGUCAGGAGGACUGGAUCCUGUGCCGACACCAGGGAAUCAACCGUUACCCCUCCCUUAUCCUUUACUCUGGCAGUACCACGAGGCCUGAGCGCUACACGGAUGAGAAGACCACGAAAAAGAUGGUGAAGUUUGCCCUGAAGCAAGUCACUGCCUCCGUCACUGACCUCUGGGCAGCUAACUUUGACAUGGCCAUCCACAACACCGAGACUGCAGACCUGCCUUGGGUCAUCACAUUCUGCUCUUCUGGGCUGGAUUGUUUAUCAGACACUAGUCAGAAGAAGCUUGCCGCCAUGUUGGACCGGUUGGUAAACAUCGGUGGUGUGGACUGUGACGUAUCAGACGCCAUCUGUGAAAGAUUAGAUGUGGAGUCAGGAACAAGGUUCUACAAGCCUGGACAGGUACAGAAAGGGAAGGGACAACCACUGGGCAGUCUGGACGCACAGGAGGCGGCCAUAGAGAUCCUUAAACUUAUGCCGGACGUCAUCACACUGGACAAUGACUCUUUUGAGAAAAUGCGUGAAGGCCUGAGGAAAGGAGAGGAGCAGUCCUGGCUGUUACACUUCAUGGUGGGGAAUGAUGUGGACCUGGAGCUCAGGAAACUACCUGCCCUGCUGGAGGACAUGAAUAUUGGCAGAAUAAACUGCAGUAACAGUCGAGAGUUGUGCAGGAACCUCCACAUCAGACACUACCCCUCCAUAGCUGUCUUCAAAUCAAAGGGUGGGCAUGAAAUACAUCAUGGGCAGGAUGACUGCCCAUGACAUUGUGAACUUUGCUAAAGAAGCUUCAGCUUCAAAUGGUAGAAGUGUUAAG